UCCCCAGUGUUGUCAGGAGUCAGGAGCUGCUUCUGGGCUCCCACGUGGGUGUUGGGCCUGCACAUUUGGCUCAUUUUCCGCCAGCAAGCUCAUUUUUAAGUUGAGAAUUGUGAAUGGCCUGUGGAUGAUGUCAUACAUAGCCUAAUGGCCCUUGGCAGAAAAAAACGGGUCCCCACCCCUCAUCUAAGGUCAGAUGGCGUGCAUGGUUAAAAGCAUAGCCUUGUGUCUGGGUUGAAAUAUCAGCUCUCUGCUUGCUGUCUCUGCGGCCCCAGGCAGGUGGCUCACUCUUGCUCAGCCCGGCCCCCCUCACCUGUACUGAGGGAGCAGUAAUGCCCACAUCCUGGGGUUGUUAGGCGGAUCAAUGAGCUGUACACGAUGUAGAGCAAUUGCUCGCCACCUGGAAGCGACAGUCAUUAGCCCUUCCAGGUCUCUGGGCUGUGGCUGCACACCUGCGUCUCAUUCGUCAGAGUGGUGGUUCCCAGGACACAUCCCGGCUAGGUUGGUUUCAUCAAGGAUGGCAUUUGCCAAAAGAAUGCUACUAGCAAAUGUUCGUUGAAAGCUUACUGUGUUCCUGUGAUGGCCCAGAAACCAGUGCCUCUGAGCUGUGCCCAACAUGAAGGAGGGUAGACUUAUUCCUACUGAGGGUAGGGAGGGGACAGGGCCUCCUGAAGGUGAUGCGUUCUCUUGGGCCCCACCUGAGCCUGGGGACUAGUGGCAGGGGUGUGGCCAGCACUGGACCCUCCUCCUCUGAGGCUGAAGGCUAAUGGGGCUUCUGUCCCUCUUUGUUCCAGGUGACAACAGCAUGGCUGUGCCCCAGACUUGCCCAGCAGGCUCCCUCCACGAUCCUGCAGGUGCCCUGCUGCCGCCCCAGCCCUCUCCUCAGAGCCUGGCGGAGGGCUUCCUGGAGGAGGAGCGUCGGCUCAAUGCUGAGCUGUGUCAGCUGCAGUUCUCGGAGCCUGUGGGCUUGAUCUACAAUCCCGUGGAAUACGCAUGGGAGCCACAUCGUAGCUACGUGACUCGCUACUGCCAGGGCCCCAAGGAAGUACUUUUCCUGGGCAUGAACCCGGGGCCUUUCGGCAUGGCCCAGACUGGGGUACCCUUCGGGGAAGUGAGCGUGGUCCGGGACUGGCUGGGCGUUGGGGGGCCUGUACUGACCCCACCCCAAGAGCACCCUAAGCGACCAGUGCUGGGACUGGACUGCCCACAGUCUGAAGUGAGCGGUGCCCGAUUCUGGGGCUUCUUCCGGAACCUCUGUGGACAGCCCGAGGUCUUCUUCCGUCACUGCUUCGUUCACAAUCUCUGUCCUCUGCUCUUCCUGGCCCCCAGUGGGCGCAACCUCACGCCUUCCGACCUGCCUGCCAAACAGCGAGAACAGCUCCUUGGCAUCUGCGAGGGCGCCCUAUGCCGGCAGGUGCAGCUGCUGGGGGUGCGGCUGGUGGUGGGAGUGGGACGGCUGGCGGAGCAGCGGGCACGGCGGGCUCUGUCGGGCCUCAUGCCAGAGGUGCAGGUGGAAGGGCUCCUGCACCCCUCUCCCCGCAGCCCACAGGCCAACAAGGGCUGGGAGGCAGUGGCCAAAGAGAGACUGACGGAGUUGGGGGUGCUGCCACUGCUGACAAGCUAAGUGCCCCUGUGCCCAGUGUGGGCAGUUUUGGAGGCCCACUGGUGAGUCUUUGCACCUGCAGAAGGCUGUGGUCCCGGACCAGACAGCACAGCCUUGUCGCCACAUAUGUGCUUCUCGCCUCCUGGACUGGCACCCAUGAGCCAUGGAAAUUCCUACACUACUCCAGCCGUGCUCCUGGGGCCUGCCUUGGGGCCUCUGUCUCGCGGCUGGGACUCUUGGUGGCACCUCAGGCUGCCCUACCUCGUCAUUCCUGUGGCACCUGCUGCUCAUCAGAGACAGCCCUGGACGAUGACAUCGCAGGCCACAUUUGCUGUUCAGAGGGAGUAUCUGGCUGGGCUCCUUCUUAUCCUCCCAGAACACCGCCCCGUGGGCCCUCCUCACUGGGGCAGGACAGCUGAGCGAGCUGAGAACCAGCCUUCAGCGGGAGGCUGGGGUUGGGCCAGAGGGUCAAGUCCAAGGCUUCAAGUUUCCUCCCAACUCUGGGACUUGUGAACUUGAUCACAGACAAAUGGGUGACACUCUGAGGUGUGGGUGCCACCUGGGUUAAUGGUGCCUGGCCUAGACCGGCACACGGCGUGCUGCUUACACACUCUGCUCUUGGCUGCCUUGCCCCCUUGGGGGGAUUGGUGGUGGGGUCAUCACUACCGUACACUACAAGAGAAGCGCCUGGCUGCUGCACUUGCAAGACCUCGCCCUGGAGAGGGCAGGUUCUAGCUUGGCCAGAGGUGGAUUGAUGAAAAUCACAACUUGUGAUUUUUUUUCUUUCAGGCAAAGCAUUAAAAGCAGGAUCCUAAACAUUCUAGUCUUUGCUACUUCUCUCCCCUAACUCCACUCCCCUGUGGAGUUCCCUCCUUCUCACCCCUUUGCUAUUUGCAGUGGGUUCUCCUGUGGAACUGUGGGAGGAUGCAGUAAGUCUGAUUGCACCGUCUCUGUUAGGGGCCUGGACUGUUAUAGGAACAGGUGAUAGGGAGGUAAGAGCCGGCUGUCUCAUUUUCUUUUGUUUGUUUGUUUUUGUUUUGUUUUUAAUACUGUUAAACUUAUUGAUCUCUUCUA